AGUGUGCUGCGUAGUAUGUGCAUAUAUCUCGUACUUUCAUAGUAAACCCUGUCGGAUACAAUAUGGACCGGUUACUAGAGGCUUGUUGCCAGGCAACCUCGUCGUAAAGACACUGACCAGGGAGAACAAUGCAUGGAGAGUGCCACCGGCCACCGUACGGUGCACAGUACGUCGAUUCCUCGCAAACUGUGCAAGUUCUAUUUUCGUUCGGUGUCGAGGACCGAUACGCGCAUGACCGGCAGCUAUCUGUGUUGUUCUGUGAACUGUGUUCAGUCCGCACGCCGCACCACCGAGCGCGGCCGCGCGCCGCGUACACAACACAAAAUAAUAACAAACGCGACGCGACAACGAACGCCUCACAGAAAACGAGUGUGAUCCAAACAGUGCUACAUUCCUCAUUCAAAUACGAAUAGUUUUUUUUUAAAUAAACAAAAUGAGACGCAACGUCAAAAUCCUGUUCCUAAUAGGAGCUGUGUGGAUGUUUUUCCUAUUUUACUACAUGCAGCCUGAUUCAGCACAAUCUAAGAAUGAGCUGAAUCCGGAAACAUUCUACAACGCUGGACAUGGACAGGAAGAAAACAUAGCCCUUCGUCUGAUAAAGCAGCACUCAGACGUGGAAGAACCAGAAAGCAGCCCGUCAUCCCCCGAGGAGACCUUCAACACUGGGCAUACGGGGAACACGGGGACCACUGGCCGCUCAUACUUCGACGAGGCGGGGUACGUGGCCGCGGGGGCCAAGGACUCGGACCCCUACGUGAGGAACAGGUUCAAUCAGGCCGCUUCAGACAACCUCCCCAGUAAUAGGCCCGUACCUGAUACCAGGAAUGCUAUGUGUCGACUGAAGAAGUACGAUGAUGACCUGCCUCAGACGAGCAUCAUCAUCACAUUCCACAACGAGGCGAGGUCCACAUUACUACGAACUAUUGUCAGUGUCCUGAAUAGAAGUCCGGAGCACCUGAUCAAAGAAAUUAUUCUAGUCGACGACUUCAGUGAUAAUCCGGAUGACGGCGCAGCUCUCCGCGCGAUCCGCAAAGUGAAGGUGAUCAGGAACACGAAGCGCGAGGGUCUGAUGCGGUCGCGGGUGAGGGGAGCUGACGCGGCCGUCGCGCCUGUCCUCACCUUCCUGGACUCGCACGUCGAGUGCAACGCGCACUGGCUCGAGCCGCUGCUGCAGAGGGUUAAGGAGGACCCAACCCGCGUGGUAUGUCCCGUGAUCGACGUGAUCAGCAUGGACACAUUCCAGUACAUUGGUGCGUCGGCGGACCUGCGCGGCGGCUUCGAUUGGAACCUAGUGUUCAAGUGGGAAUACCUGUCGCACGCGGAACGCAGCGCGCGUUUGAGCGACCCCACCCAAGUGAUCAGAACGCCGAUGAUCGCUGGUGGCCUGUUCAGCAUGGAUCGCCAGUACUUUGCCACGCUCGGCAAGUACGACAUGAAGAUGGAUGUCUGGGGAGGAGAGAACCUCGAGAUAUCGUUUAGGGUCUGGCAAUGCGGUGGCUCUUUGGAAAUAGUUCCAUGCUCGCGUGUCGGCCACGUUUUCCGUAAGCGUCACCCCUACACCUUCCCCGGCGGCUCUGGAGCCGUCUUCGCGAGGAACACCAGGAGAGCCGCUGAAGUCUGGAUGGAUGACUACAAGGAACUCUACUAUCGGUCACAGCCGUUAGCCAAACAGGUGGACUUCGGAGACAUAUCGGAGCGAGUAACUCUUCGCCACAAGCUGCACUGCAAGCCGUUCCGUUGGUAUUUGGAACACGUUUACCCGGAGCUGCAAGUGCCAGCCUUGACUGAACCGUCCCAUGUCAUCAAGCAAGGAGUCCGGUGUCUGGACACUAUGGGGCAUCUUGUAGGUGGACCUUUAGGAAUGUAUCCAUGCCACUACACGGGUGGAAACCAAGAGUGGCGUUUCGAGAAAGGCAUGAUCCGUCACAACCGGCUGUGCGUGUCGGUGUCCCCGGACGACCACAUGACGGCGGUGCUGGCGGCGUGCGAGCCGGCCGACCGCGCGCAGCUGUGGCGCCGCGCCGGCGCGCUCGUGCGGCACGACGCGCUCGACGCCUGCCUCGACACCGACAGACCCGCCCUCUACCUGCAGCAGUGCGACGAAGACAAACCCAGCCAACAGUUCGCAUUCUAGCAAUAUAACAGCCAUUUGGGAAACACAAACCGUUCUCUUCCAUUCAAAGGAAAAUACGCUUUCAGCUGAAAGUAAAACAGAGACGAAAACAACAGUUUCUUUAAGGAAGCUCAUUGUAUUUUAAAGCAGUAUUUUAUUCCUGGCAGCAAUUUACAAACAUUCCUUUAUUGUAAUCGUAUACAGUGUAUAUUGCUUUUAGUUUUUAAUUGUAUCAUGCAGAAAUUGUUGGCGGGAAUAAAAUACGGCGAGGAAGCAAGGUUUGCUUGCGGAGGAGACAGGCGUUAAGUCCUGAAGGAAUAAUGAUAGUGACGUCAACAUUAUCAGGGAUAUAGUCACACAUAAGACUUGUACACUUCGCUUUACAUCACAUUAUAGCUUGGUACUUAUCGCAGUACUCUUUAAUUAGAAUAAGGCACCAAACUCUUCCUCUCAAACGUAGAUGGUGCCAAAUUAAUUUACCAUUUUGUAAAUAUUAUUUUAAGAUCUUUUAACAUUCCAUUUUGAAAGACACUUCAUGUGGUGUGUUUUUUCUUCGCUUUUUUUUUGUUAUCCUGCGUUUUUUUCCUUAUGUUUUGACCCUUAGCGUCUUACGAAUGAUCUGUAAAUUUUGUAUUUAUUUUUUUACUAUCAUGUAAUUUAAUUAAUGAGAUAUUCACUAAAACCUUAGUAUAAAGUAGUUACCAUUAUAAUAGUUUAACUCACUAUAAGUGCCGGGAAUGUGGAAUGUGGAUAUAUUUAGGAAUAAAAGAAUGAAAUUGUCGGGUGUUGGAGGUUUCUUCGUAAUUAAUCAUUAUAGAUUUAUAUCAUCAGAAUGUUGAAGUGUAGCUAUUCUGUUACAAAUCUUCUUUUACGGAAUAAAAACUGCUUGGUUACAUCUUUUUGUAUUAUGAAUCAAAUUUUCUACGCAAUACGUUUUACAAUAUUACUUAAAAACUAUGAUCUAAGUUAAGCAAUAUGUAAUGUUGGAGUUUUUCAUUUAACUAACUUUGUCUUCAUUUCAUUAUGAUAUCACAAUAUUAUUUAAAUAGAACGAAAUGUUCUCGCCUUACAGUACAAGCUAUGAUCACAAUUGUUAUUUUUAAGUUUAUUAUAAGCUUGGUUUAUGAUUUAAGAUAUGAUGGAAGUAGUUGAGGUAAAAAAAUAGAUUUUAUGUGUGUAUAUUAUGUCUUAAUUUUAGUUUUUAAGUGAAAAUUCGUAUUCAAAAGUCAAGGCCUAAAUUAAUCAUCUUUUUAUCUCAUAUCUGUAAAUUAAAUAUUGUUUAAUACUCGUUAUAAUAAGUUAGAUAUUUUUAUUUACAAUUGUUAGUU